AUUUUCUUUUUUAGAUCAGUCCAUUCGAAUAAAUUUUAACUUUUAAGUGUUAGUCGUUUAUUAACCGCUAAUAUUGUACUUAUAUUAUCAUUAUGAUAAAUCAUAUUUGAUGGCCUUAAUCAAUUUAACCGCAACUCCUUGCAGUACAGCUAUGUUGAAACUAUCAGUACUAAUACUGCUGUGUCUUGUGACAUUAGGAGACAGUAAGGGCGUUAACAAGUGGUGCACCCACAACAAUAAGUUUGUAUACACUUAUUCUUCUGGAACACACGCCUAUAGGGACCUCAACACAGCAAAGACCCAGUGCUUACAGAAGUCAGAUUGCUUUGGUAUCACCCGAGAGGGGGGCUGGAGGUACACCUUAAGAAAGGACUGGAGAUUGAGAGACAGUCCUAGUGGCGAGGUGACCUAUGUGCCGUGUGGAGGAUAUUUCAAGUGCUCCCAGUUUGGUUUGGUCAACAGGUGGGGCAAGUUUUUGAGUGCUCAGCCGGAUGGUACCGUCGACUGGGAUAGGAGCUACUAUGGCAGCUAUGAAGUUAUCAGAUUCGUUCAGAAUGGCAAGGACACCGGCUCCCUCAAGUCUAAAUGGAACAAAUACCUUUCAGCCUCUACCAGGCACCAUCUGGUGUGGAACAGGAAUGCUGCAUAUAGCUUGGAAAGGUUUAAGGUGCACCAGUACGAGGAUAAAGUGGCGUUCCAGUCGUACCACGGCAGAUAUCUGUCAGCACAACAGGACGGCACUGUGGAUGUGGAUAGGACCAAGGCGUAUAGUUGGGAGUGGUUCACAGUCCACCCGCAGGCUUGCUUGAAUAACAUCGAGUGUGACUGUUCCAAAACCAUCAACCGUGAUGACUAUGAGUUUAAAUCAGUUACAUAUGACACAACAGGGGGGCACGUUAAGGCGUUUGCGCCUGACAGGGUGGGGUACCAGCACAUAGAUAACAGAGACGGGUCAGUCACACAAUCCUCCACCUUCACGGUGAGCGAGUCAGUUCAAGAAACGGCCACAUUCACACACACAGCUGGAGCAAGCGUCACUGUUGGUACUGAGUUCUCAGUUGGAAUACCGUUUGUGGGUGAGGGUACAGUUACAGCGUCAAUUACGGCCAGCUACUCCUUUUCUGCAGGUAAUUCGAGAUCGGAGACCAAGACAAAGACAGCUACAUUCAACUGUGCGGCUUCGGCUGGCAAAAGUGUCACGUGUGAGGCUCUUCUCUUCAAAUACAGGGCUACAAUUCCUUACACCCAGACAUGGCAACACAAGAGACUGCCUUGUACCUGCACCAGUACUGGACAGUUCACAGAGAUAUCAGCUGACGAGAUGAGAAUGACUAUAACUGAGGAAUAGCUUAGUUAGAGAGGGCCACUAUAUUAUACUUUAUAGUCGUGUUACUAACUGAAAAUUGUGGUGAAUGGAGCGGCCGACUACUCUUACUACUACUUGACUUGAAUCUUAUAAUCAUUGAUUUUGGCAAAAAGGGAAAAAUUGGGAAAACAUUUCAUUUUAACAAAAUAUGCUUUAUUAUGGUAUCGUUUGAUUUCUUUGACGAAUGAAAGAAUAAAAAAGGGGGUAAAAUGGAGAAGAAACAGAUAAGAGUUAAAAACUCCAACAAAUUGUUGAUUCGCUUUAUAAACGAUAUUUUGUAUCAUGUGUAUGGUAGUUUAACUACCGCCGUCUGAAAUGAAUUGUCAGCAAUACCACGUGAUGCUAAUAAAUUGAAUCUUUUGUGUUGCAUUUUCUUUAAAGAAGUAAGAGCUGAACAAGGUUUUACACGAUUUUUUUCCUAUGCAGGUCUUACAGCACAGCUGAUAUUGCCCUUUAAAUUCCCUCAAUUUUGUUUUCAAUAGAUUUCUUGAUACAAAUGAGACAUGGUGUCUUCAUUUAAAAAGGGUACUUACUCGCAAG